GAAACACCACAGCCACUUAACGUCAACAGCAUCAUUGCACGAUGCGGAACAAUUUUAACAGCGAUUUUGAUGUAAUUAAAAACAAUUCCAACGUGAAAAAUAAGAAAAUAAAAGUAUUUCGACAUUUUACAUUGAUAGCAGAGCGAAACCCGUGGAAAUAAAUCGGUGAAUGGCACACAAUGUUCCAUUGAAUAUUUUAACUCAAUGCUAAUUAUUACCAUACGUUUGAUAACAAAACAAAUUGAAAGUGAAUUUUGCACGAGUUUUUCCCUUUCUUCUGUGUCGCCUGAAUUGAGCAACAUGGAAGUUAACAGCAUUUGUAUUGGGUGCUAAUUUGUAGCAAUUAAUUUUUUGGAUCUGUUUUUUUUUUGUGUAACAACAUUCACAUUGGAAAAAGAAAUAAUGUUGCGGUAACUUGUGGAACACUCUGACAUCUGGCAGAAAGUGGAAAAUCGAUAUUGAAUGUUUACAAAGUAAAGCGUAAAUAAAAUGACUUUCGAUAAAGUGAUUGAUUGACUAUUUUAGCUAUGCUAACAAUUAAAAGAGUAAAUGUAAAAAGUGUACAAAAGCGAGAAAUUAUUUCGGCGAUUUUUUCCCACAAUUUUAAUUUAGUUUAUUUGAAUUCCAAUUUAGUCACAUUGACGAAUUAUUCGCCGGCAAUCGGUUAGUUUAGUGUGUGCGAGAUCAAGUCAAGUUAACAGUGAAACAAACAACAACAACAACAACAAAAAUUACAAAUACAGAUUCGACAAUGGCCAAACUGCCUCAAGAUACAUCAGGCCUAGGUUAUACCUACCAUCUUCCAUCCGGUGGCAUUUUGCUGCGCAUAAGAAACACAUUGUCUCAAUUUAGUGAUUUAUUUAGUGAAUUCAAUAAAUUCAUCACACCAGCCCCAUACCAUGACCGAUGCGAACGCUCUGUACAUAUGCGUCUCUACUCUCUUUCGAAGCGUGAAUUUGUAGUGGCCAUUCUAGCAUUUUUUGUUUGUGAAUUUCUUAGCAUAUUCAUUGGAUUGGCUGGUCCACCCAUAACAACAACGACAAUGGUCAGUGCAAAAACAUUGAUUGCAAAUACAUCGAGUGCAAAUGAUAAGAAUAUCAUGGCCACUGGUCCAUUUGUGCUGCGCACACCCUUGCUCAACACAUAUGCACAGCAACUGUGGCUGAUCGCCCGAACGGAGACUGACAACCAUGACGACGAGAAAUUCGACAAAACAUUCCAAAUUAAUGUGAUGAUUGAAGGCAUUACUAAGGAACACACACCCGUUCCACUGUCCAACGUCAUACGAAAUCGCACGAGGCAUUUGCUGUGCGAACGCAAUUUUUGCGAUGAAUUUACAAUUGUGCAUUUGGGGUUUCUGGAAUAUGCUCAUUACAUUAUUACCGUACGAUUCUAUGACUUGGAGAGUUUUCAUCAACGAUAUAAUAUUAAAGACUUGACAUUGUUUUUUAAAACCUAUAAUCCAGACUUUACACAGAUCGAAAUAUGGUUUCGAUUUAUUUUCCUGCUCUUCUCAUUCGUUGUAACGUGUUGGUUCCAGCAUUCGUUACGACGAUAUCCGCACUUUGACUGGUCUAUCGAACAGAAAUGGAUGAAUCUACUGCUACCACUUUUGGCUCUAUACAAUAAUCCAUUUUUCACAUUGUCCGUGUUGUUCAACUCGUGGAUUCCGGGAAUGAUGGAUGCAUUGUUUCAGUCAACAUUUUUAUGCUCACUGUUAAUGUUUUGGCUGUGCAUUUAUCAUGGGCUGCGACAAAAUGAGCGAAAAUUUUUAACAUUUUAUCUUCCGAAAUUAAUUGUUAUCAUGCCGAUGUGGCUGUGCGCCAUUGUGCUUGCCACAUGGGAAAAGUACAACGAACUUCGUGAUCCAACCUAUAACCAUUUUGUUGACACAGGAAACUUCCAGGGUUUUCAAACAUUUUUCUACAUAUCCUGUGCAAUGUACUUGCUCUACCUGGCAUUACUCAUACUGAAAGCAUACAGUGAACUUAGAUCGAUGCCAUUUUUUGAUAUGCGUCUAAAGUUUCUAACACUAUUAAUGAUAUUUGUUGUGAGUGUAACGAUUGCAUUGGCAAUGAAUCGCUUUGGAUUCGGUGUGUUGGAGGAUAAUUUUGUGGCUUCACUCAGUACGACCUAUAAAAGUUCGGCCCAAUUUAUGUGCUUCUACGGACUUUUAAACUUUUAUCUCUAUACCAUGGCUUAUGUAUACUCACCCAGUGGCCGGCCGGUUCAUGAAACAACUAUAACCAAAGAUAAUCCGGCAUUUUCCAUGGUCAACGACUCGGAUGAAGAUGUUAUUUAUGGUUCGGAUGAUGACAGCACUGAGAGGCGUCCAUUGAAUUCAUCAACGGGCAAAGGCAACGAUUAUGAUAGUGACUAAAAUUAAUCGUACUUUUUAAAUGUGUUUUUUUUUCUGCAUUCAUUCAUCUGUCUCGGCAAAUGGUCUCAGCUGGAAUUUUUCUUUGAAGAAAAUUUGCCCUAUGGAUAUAUCCACAAAAUACUACUAACAAGAACAACAACCAAAAAGUUGAAUAGACAAUUAUUUAUGUUAAAUAAUUCAAAGGGAACGUUAAAGAAACCUAAGAUAAUCCAACUGUGUGAAUAAAAAAAAAAGUUGGGCCAUUCAAUUUUUCGGUGCAUGUGUCAAUAAAAAUUGUAUUGAAUAAUGAUGAAUUUGGAUUUGAAAUAUAAAAUACUACAUUAAGAAUUGUA